GCCCGGCCGCGCACCGGCUUUUGGGGGGAGGUCGCGGCCCCGCAGCCGCUCUCGGGUGGGGGGUCCCCGCUGCCCCCGCGCACCAUGGCCGGGCUCCUGCCGCUGCUGCUGCUCCUGCUGCCGGCGGAUCCCUCCUGGGGCUCCAAGGACAAGUGCUCCACCAAGAUGUACACGACGAGCGGGGAGUGCUGCCGAGCCUGCAACCUGGGCGAGGGGGUGGUGCAGCCCUGCGGGGUCAACCAGACCGUGUGUGAGCCCUGCCUGGACAGUGUCACCUUCUCGGACACGGUGAGCGCCACGGAGCCGUGCAAGCCCUGCACGCAGUGCCUGGGGCUGCAGAGCAUGUCCGCGCCCUGCGUCGAGUCGGACGACGCCGUUUGCCGCUGCGCCUACGGCUACUUCCAGGACGAGGCCAGCGGGACCUGCCGGGAGUGCCGCGUCUGCGAGGUGGGCUUCGGGCUCAUGUUCCCCUGCAAGGACUCGCAGGACACGGUGUGCGAGGAGUGCCCCGAGGGCACCUUCUCCAGCGAGGCCAACUUCGUGGACCCCUGCCUGCCCUGCACGACCUGUGAGGACAACGAGGUGCUGGUGAAGGAGUGCACGGCCGUGUCCGACGCCGAGUGCAGAGGUCUCCACCCUCGCUGGACAACACCCCCCCCGUCCCUGGUGGGCUUUGAGAGCCCCGAGCCCAGCACCAGGGAGCCCCUGAGCCCCGAGGUGCUGCCCAGCACCCCGGCAGACACGGGCACCACCGUGGUGGGCAGCUCCCAGCCCGUCGUGAGCCGCGGCACCGCCGACAACCUCAUCCCCGUCUACUGCUCCAUCCUGGCCGCCGUGGUGGUGGGGCUGGUGGCCUACAUCGCCUUCAAGAGGUGGAACAACUGCAAACAGAACAAGCAGGGGGCCAACAACCGGCCCGUGAACCAAACCCCCUCCCCGGAGGGGGAGAAGCUGCACAGCGACAGCGGCAUCUCCGUGGACAGCCAGAGCCUGCACGACCAGCAGCCCCCCGGGCAGGGCACCCAGGGGCCAGCGCCCAAGGCAGACGGGACCCUGUACUCCAGCCUUCCCCCCGGCAAGCAGGAGGAGGUGGAGAAGCUGCUGGGCAGCUCUGCCGAGGAGCCCUGGAGGCAGCUGGCGGGGGAGUUGGGCUACAAGGACGAGCUCAUCGACUCCUUCACCCGCGAGGAAUCGCCCGCCCGGGCCCUGCUGGCCCACUGGUCCUCCAAGGAAUCGGCCACCCUGGAGGCCCUGCUGGCCGCCCUGCGCAAGAUCCAGCGCGGGGACAUCGCCGACAGCCUGGCCAGCGAGUCCACGGCCACCUCGCCCGUCUGAAGGGUGGCCCGGGGCGGCCCCGCGGGGAGCCCUCCCCCCCCCGGGCCCCUCGAGCCCUCCCCGGCCCUGGGGGGGAGG